GGCUCUUUUCUCUACUAGCGAGCAAACCUACAAUCUAGACCCAACUGUCCAUCCAGCUCAUUUUUAAGGGGAUUUAUCAUUAUAUGUGCCCGUGUAUCCAAAACACAUCGGUCAUUGGGGAUUCCUAGCAUCGGUUGGCCGGGUCUGAAGGCCGUUAUAACGCUUUUUUCGAGGUUUAAUUAGAGCUAGAAAACAACGGUGGUGGAGGAGGAGGAGAUUCCAUAUUAGGAGCACAGAGGAGAAGGCACCCCCCUUGUGUGAUUUGGAGCUUCUGCUUCUGAGCCCAUGGUACAAGGUCCUGACUGAACUUACUGGUGGUGCAUACAUACUUACUACUGUGGCUAGGUGUGUGCGUGCUGACCUCAUGGUGUAACAGGAGUAAAGAUGAGCAUUAGCAGUGAUGAGGUCAACUUCCUGGUCUACAGAUACCUACAGGAGUCAGGGUUCUCCCACUCAGCAUUUACAUUUGGUAUAGAGAGUCACAUCAGUCAGUCCAACAUCAAUGGUGCUCUGGUUCCCCCUGCUGCCCUCAUCAGCAUCAUCCAGAAGGGCCUGCAGUACGUUGAGGCUGAAGUCAGCAUCAAUGAGGAUGGGACGUUAUUCGACGGGCGGCCCAUUGAGUCUCUGUCCCUAAUUGACGCGGUGAUGCCGGACGUCGUUCAGACAAGGCAGCAGGCCUACCGGGACAAAAUGGCCCAGCAGCAGGCUGCCACUUCAGCACCGGCAUCAGCCACUGGAGGCAGCAUCGCCGGCAAUGCUAAGAACGGAGAGAAUACUGCCAACGGGGAGGAGAAUGGAGCCCAUGCCUUAGCAAACAACCACGCAGACCUGAUGGAGGUGGACGGAGACGUUGAGAUCCCUCAGAACAAGGCCAUGGUCUUGAGGGGCCAUGAGUCAGAGGUCUUCAUCUGUGCCUGGAACCCAGUCAGCGAUCUGCUGGCGUCAGGGUCUGGUGAUUCGACGGCUCGCAUCUGGAACCUGAGCGAGAACAGUACAAGCAGCUCCACACAACUGGUCCUGAGACACUGCAUACGAGAGGGAGGACAGGACGUCCCCAGCAACAAAGAUGUCACCUCACUAGACUGGAAUAGCGAGGGCACACUUUUAGCAACAGGCUCCUAUGACGGAUUUGCCAGAAUAUGGACCAAGGAUGGUAACCUGGCCAGUACACUUGGCCAACACAAAGGUCCCAUCUUUGCCCUCAAGUGGAAUAAAAAAGGCAAUUUUAUCCUCAGUGCAGGAGUAGACAAGACAACAAUCAUAUGGGAUGCCCAUACAGGAGAAGCCAAACAACAAUUUCCCUUCCAUUCAGCUCCAGCACUAGAUGUGGACUGGCAAAGCAACAAUACGUUUGCCUCCUGCAGUACAGACAUGUGCAUCCACGUCUGUAAACUAGGACAGGACAGACCCAUUAAAACAUUCCAGGGACACACAAAUGAAGUAAAUGCAAUCAAGUGGGAUCCCACAGGGAACCUGCUAGCCUCCUGCUCAGAUGACAUGACGUUGAAGAUCUGGAGUAUGAAGCAGGACUCAUGUGUCCAUGACCUGCAGGCCCACAGUAAAGAAAUCUACACCAUUAAGUGGAGUCCCACCGGCCCUGGAACCAACAAUCCCAGUGCUAACCUCAUGCUAGCCAGUGCAUCGUUUGACUCCACAGUUCGUCUUUGGGACGUGGAGAGAGGCAUCUGUAUCCAUACGCUGACUAAACACCAGGAGCCAGUCUACAGUGUGGCUUUCAGCCCUGAUGGUCGGCAUCUGGCCAGUGGCUCCUUUGACAAAUGUGUGCACAUCUGGAAUACACAGACGGGCGCUUUAGUCCACAGUUACAGAGGGACGGGGGGAAUCUUUGAGGUUUGCUGGAAUGCAGCAGGGGACAAAGUGGGAGCCAGCGCAUCAGACGGAUCUGUGUGUGUACUAGACCUCCGGAAAUAGUACUGCUGUUUGUUGGAAGCCAUGGACCGACCAUGAAUGUGUACAUAGCCAAAUGACUGUCCCUGCCUGCCCUGCGUACUGCUCAUGCUUACGACUAUGGCCCCGCCCACCGACAAACAGGAAGCAGGAAACAGGAACAGGAAGCAAGCACCCGACACAGCAGGUCCAGACGCAGGGAUGAACAGAUGGACGGACGAAUGGACAGACAGACAGACAGACAGACAGACGGAUGGAUAAGCGGGCAGAUGGAUGCGCCCCUCUCUAUCUGUGGAGACUCUUACAGAGAUGCAGAAGGGACGCAGUGGAAAAAAAGAAAAAACUGAAAAAAAAAAAAAGUUACAGAUCGUAUAUGUACCAAAUUUGGAAGCUAUUUUGCUUUUUUGAUCUUUAAACCAUGCUCAUCGUCAUCAAAAUGAAAAACAAUGAAAAAAGUGUUGAUCUUUGUUACUAGCUGGAUCUCAUUGUGCAGACAUAUCAACUUCUCCACCAUAAAACAGGAUGGCACUUAGUUUUUUUAAAUUUCAGAUCUCUUGUUUCAAUGUUUUUAUAUUUUCUAUCUUUGGGGGAGGGGGCGGGGGCCGGUCAGGUGAGAGUUUUAUUAAGUGGAGAAUUACAUACACACAGAUACACUCGAACAUGCACACCAAACUGUUCUCAUAAACUGUGUCCUCGUCAUGAUUUCAAACCGACGUGACAAACCUAAAGGCUUUUUUUCCCCCCAUGUAUUACACUAGUGGUUUCUGCAGUUGUGAGUGGGUCAAAAUGCAGUAAUUCUUGUGUCGUCUUUUUCCAGACGAGAAACUCUGGAUUCUCCUCAUACACCCACCUGGGCACAUGACACUGAUGAUGUACAUCUAGAUGCUUUAAAAACAGCUGUUUUGUGCACUAUUUGAUCUAGAUGGUUCGAUCCACAGCUCUCCUCUCUGGAUUCUCAUAGCAGCUACACGUCUGAUUGGAUAAAAUUGAAAUUGGCAAGAGGCUGACUGUUCCCUCCACUUGUCUGAAUGUUCAAGGCUGUUCUGAGUUUUGGGUAACGCAGCAGUACGUCAGGUCUCAUCUCAAAUCAGAUUGUCAGUUCUUUUGUACCUUUUACUAAAAACCAUACAGAUUUACAUCAUAAUCAUCCUAAUAACUCUGAAUAGUGUCCUCCUUUAUGCUGAUUUCAUCAGACUGGAAACAUUUCUAAUUUGAUCCAUGGACACCUUCAAAAGGCUUCAAAUCAAACCCACAUGCCCUAAGGUGGUGUGGUGAAAUACGUCAGCUGAUCGUCCCAUUAAAAGUGUUUUGCUACUUUUAGCUUCCACAGAUUGAAGAUUCUCAGAGGUAGAUUCUCCAGGGGGCAGAAAUAAUCUCAGCAAGUUAAACCGCAGAGGGCAGAGCCAAAGAGAAAAUCCACCAAGUACAAGAGGACAUAGCUAAUGUUACAGACGCUAGAGCUCUACUAGGACAUAAAAGCUGUGUUCAAAAUCACUCCCCUGUUCAUUAUUUCCUACACAUGUAAUUUCGUGUCAACUCAGUAUUUUAUUCUAUAGCGAGCAGAGAAUUGAGAUUUUGGAGGCACAACUGAAAUUUUUGCAGCUAUCAAAUGCGGCACACUAUGGGAUUGUUAGCAAAGUAGCGUGCUUGACAUGGACGCUGUACUGUCUUUGUUUCGUUGGGAAUUUUUAGGGAAAUAUAUAAAUACAUACAUGUUAGAAUACGCUCAGAUGAAAUGGCAGUGAGUAAAUGAAGUGCAGUGUAAAGUAAACAGAAAGUGGUUUUGGACACAGCCUCAGUGUAGCUGUCUAAGCUUGCUGGUUUAGCUAGGCUUCCGUCUUCAAAGUCGCCAUACCUGCCUGAAGUAACGAGGUUGUCUGUUUGUUCUGUCUCCUAAUUGCUGUGUCAUGAAUGAAUGGGAAAAUUUCAUCACCAAUAAUAUCUUUUAAAUUGUAUUUUGACCAAAGUUUUGUCUUGAAAAUUCAAAUCAGCCAGUUUGCAUCUUCCACUGUGGGAAACUUGUGUUCCUUGGCUCCACUCUGUUGGACGUUUAAUUUAAACAGUGACUUAAUUAAUACUCCAGAGCAGCUCUGCCUCCAAGACUUGUGUAACUGAAAUUUUAAACUGCUGAUAUUUUUUUAUUUUACACUUUUAACAACACAUUUUUCUGGCCUGGCGUGGAGGGCUUCAGUGUGACAGGCAUCAGGCUGCUUUGCACAGGAAAAGAAAGAGACACAUUCUUUUCACCUUCACACAUCACAAAAAUACUUAAAAUCACCUUCUCAUGCCUGUGUACACGCAGACAUAAGGGAUAGUAUUUUCUUUUCCUGUUGAAUCUUACUGAUUGAUCUCUGGAACGAGGUUGCUAUUCAGAAACAAGCCCAUAAGCUGAUCAAACAAGAAAGCAAUAUCUGAACAUUUUAAUUUUAUCUGCUUUUAUUACCAGGUGUGGUGAAUAAUGUGGGGGAAUAACGACACUGCAGCUAUGCUGUUCAUAACCCAGUUGGAGCGUUAAAGGACAUAAACAAACCAGAUGUAAAAUCUCUGUCUAAAGAUCAAAUGUAGAGUCUGUUUCCCACAACAUGACAGUCAUGGUGAAUUAAAACCAGAAAGCGACAAGCUGUACUUUUAAUGUAUUUUAAUUCAUCUACCCUCUCACCUUCAUUAUUGGUUCUUCACCAAAAUUCUGCCCAUGUUUUAUUGAGGUUCCCUACUGACAAAACAUUUUAUACUCUUUUAAAGACAAAUUUAAAGUUACAUUUUUGUAAUUUCUUUGUAGAUUUGAAAAAGAAGUGAAUUAAUGACUUAUUGGCAGUGUUAAUUUACAUGUUCUAUAAAUUUUAAAGAUUUUGUUUUUUUUGUUUUUUUUUUACUUUGAUGCUAUUGCAAAUAGUAAAGGUUGACCCUGUAAUGUAAGGCUUACUGAGCUGAGCUGUCAUUCUGAAGGCACCUUGCCUGGGAAGUUUUUCCCAGGAGCAAAUUACCACUAAAUUUGUCUAUGUUUUAAUAAAGAAAUGUUUGACUUUUU